AUGAUGAAAAGAAUUAAUUUUUUGCUUUUUAUAAAAAUUUCUUUGUUUAUCCUUUUAAAUUUGUUCUAUCAUUUGUGCAGUGACAUGAGUCGAUUUAAGAAAAUUUUGGAUGAUAAUUAUGGCUCUGAUAUAAAAUUAAAUAAAGGAAUUUAUCGAUUAUUGGGAAAAUGUGAAAAGGCUGUUUUUUCAAAUGUUGGAGAUUUAGAUUUAAAGAUAGCAAAUAAUAAAAAAAAAACAAACGAACAAUUAUUUACAAAUGAUAAUGAAAAAUGGGAAGAAGAAAAAAAAGAAAAAUUAUAUAGAAGUAAAUUAAUUAAGGAAAAAUUGAUUAAAAAACUUAUGAAAAAUAAAUAUACCAUGUUGCAUAGAACAUAUACCUAUUAUGAAAAAAAAAUUAUGAAUGGACUUAAUGAUAAAGCUUUUUUUAAAAAAAUGAUAUUAAUUAAUGAUAAGGAUUACAAAAAAUUAAAGCGUAAAAAAUACGGAUUACGGCUUUUUUUUCUUAUACUAUUUUUUACAAUGGUAAUAAUUAUACCUAUAUUAGGUGUUUUGUUUGGUGAAUCAUUGAAAACAUUAUGUUCGACAUCAGGGAGCGGUGGAGCACCUCCUAAUCCGAGUGGAUCUCCUGCAUCUUCAGGAAGCUGGUUAUCUUCAUUUUUUUCUUUUUGUUUAGAGAAUCCUGCUUCAUCAGAAUUAGUAUAUACCAUUAUAAUAUAUUGUGUACCUAUCUUAAUAUUGGGUAUUAUUCUUAUACUAGGUAUUUUUUAUUAUUAUAAAAGAGCUAUAAAAAAUAAAAAAAUUAAGUUUUUGGAAGAAUUUAAUGAAUGGUAA